AAAAGCAAGAGUAAAGGGGAUUUGGGCUAGUGGGGAUGGUUUGGGAGGCCCAAAGAAAAAUAAACAAAGAAGGAAAAUUGACUCCAGAGUGCCUGGGAGAGUGCACACUCAGGGUCUGUAGCCUUGCAAUACCAGGCAUACAAGAUCCGAGACCACAGGUAGCUGUGUCCAUAAGCACAUCAGUGGUGAAAUGAGGAAGGUGGUUUAUUAUUGUGGGAAAGGUUUACUGUUUGAAGUAGGACAGACUUGGUUUUAAAUUUCUGUUCUGCCACUUACCUUGGGCAGGCUAUUUUACACCAGUUGGACGGUCUCUUAUAGAUGUGUUUCCCUUUUGUGUAUUAUUUUGGGUUUAUGUCAAUGUAUUUGUUGGAACCCUUAGAUUGUCAAUGAUUCGCUCUAAUGUGACAGGCAGUUGGCCUAGAAUUAUCUCUGAGGAACCUUCUGACCUUCAAGGUCUGAAGCCUACUCAGUAAUAACCAAAGUUUCAACCCUAGUGACAGAUAAUGACAAAUGAAAAUGGCCCUUUGGCGACUAAGUCCUGUUCCUAGACCAAAGCAGUUUAUAAUCAUUUAUUUUUAUAAAAUAAAAUAGAAAACAGAAGAUUGGCUCUGAUUAUUUUGCAUGAUAGAAAUUGCAUUCUGAGCAGCUGACUUAGCAUUUAUGCUUGCAUCUCUUACUCACUCACCAGGUUAGAAUACUCCGGAAAAGCUGAUAUAUUUGUGUGCUGCUUCUGGCACCCAAACUCGAUAUCCAGAUGCAGCUACACUAAGAAGGAAGCCAUUGUGGCGUUUCUGACUUCCUGCUGAGUUCCAAAUUGCUUGUUUGGCGGAAAAGCAAAACUUGGCAGCAAAUGUCUAAAAUGAAGACCCCCCAGACUUUUGAGGAGCAAACGGAAUGCAUUGUGAACUUUCUCCUCGAAGACUUCUUAGGCAUACCACCACAGGCUACUGCCACCCGGAACCUGUGUGAUACAAAUGAAGUGGAUUCAGGAGAGGUUAGCUCCUUUGACGUGGCCAUCAUUGCCGGUCGCCUUCGGAUGUUGGGGGACCAGCUCAAUAAAGAACUGGAAGAAUCUGCCGAAAGCGUCAUCAAAGCAACCACUCAGGGACAGGUAGGAGCUGUUCUUCAGAACACAGUAGACACUCUCAUCAAUACCUGGCGUGCUCAGGAUUCUACCUUAGAUUAUGUGAAAGCAUUUUUGGCAGUGUCAGUGAACCUCCUUAAAUGUGUGGCCCGUGUGGCUCCUGAAAUGGCAAGACAGGUGGUGAGCCCCAUAACAAAUAUGAUCAAUGGGAAUGAUGCUGUCCGGACGUUCGUCCAGGGCCAGGGAGGUUGGGAAAAUGUGGAGAGCUGAAGAGGAGACGGAACUGUUUCCCAGCCUGAACAUCUCUUUCUCUUUGACUGAUCAGGUGGUGGAUUUCUGGCAAUUAAAACGGAUGAACAACCAAAUAAAAAAAACAAAUAAACACUUACUGAACUUGGC